UGGUUUCAUUAUAAGUUUUGUAAGCAGAAUAGUAGACGUGUGCUCACCUGGUCGUCAUAUUUUUUGAUUAAAAAGAACUAAAAGGAGUCCAAUUUUAAGUACCUGUUCCACAGAAAUAAAAACAAACAUUAAAACUCCUUUAAAAACCUAUUUUACUUUUUGAAAUUAGUGCAAAAGCUGUGAAAAAAAUGUAAACAAAGCCAAGUCACUUAAGAGAAAACAAGAAUUUGUGCUGAGUGCUCUCUCUUUUCAAUUGUGUUCGUAACUUCAUAAGAAUAGAAGUGCUCAAAUAAAGGGGCCAAAUAAGAGCAAUGCCGAAAGCAGCAGAAUUUGGAAAGCGUCGUCGCGGUCGCCCGGCGCGACAGUGUGGUGCGGUAGUAAAACAAACAACACCGGCAACAAGACGCAAUGCUAAGAAAGAUGAAAAGAAGGGGUCUAAAUCGAAAGCCUUAAAAACCCCUAAAAAUACAAAAAUUAGAAGUCCCCCACAAAGAGAGCCAAACAUUGCAAGGAGUCAAAAAACCAAUUUCAAACUAAAAAUGUUUAAAAUCAGGCUAAAACGGAUGAAAUUUAGCAUCGAGGAAAAUACCACUUUAAUAAAGAAAUCCAAUAAAAAGGAUAGAGCAAACUCCCGUAAAGUUCCAUGUUCGACAGCGACAACAGAAUCUGAAAACAUUGAACCAUUUGUAAAACAAGAACUUAUCGAAGAAGUAGAUGAGUUUGAAGAAAAGUCCUCCGAACAAAAUCAACAAAUGCAAUAUAGUCUAGAAUUAAAUGACGAAGUGAAGAUUGAAUAUGAUUGUGAAACGAAUGGAAAUACAAUUUCUACUAUAAAACCUAUUUUAAUCGAAGAACCAAUAAAUAAAGAAUUAAGUAUUAUAAGAGAUCAAGGGGAUAAAGCAAAACUUGAUAGUUUACGAAUGUUGACUUCAGGAACGAAAUUUUCUAAAAUACCAUCGAUUAAAACCAAAGAUGAAGCUAUAAGAUUGAUAGGGCUUUUGGAAUCAUUUGCACUUUGUAAGGAGAAUUUUCGAUUGAUUGGAUUUGUAGAGAGACUUCAAAAUCACUUUGAAAGAAGGACUGCUUGAAGACUUUCUACUUAAUUUAUUUAUUGUUAAACAAGUUCUUAGGACGAAGAAACAUUUAUUUCUAUUUUUCAUUAAUUUUCAAAGUUUUGAUUUAAAAUAAAAAACUUAAAUAAUUGUUUAUUUUAAAA